AUGAGCACCACAUUCCUGCAGACUUCUUCCUCCACCCUCGGGGGCAGCUCGAGCCGGGGAUGCUCCCUCCUGGGAGGGGGAGGUUGCUUUGGCGGGGGCAGCCUUUAUGGGGGCGGAGGGAACCGCAGUGUUUCGACGUCUUCUGCUAGAUUUGUGUCCUCGGGGUCUUCGGGGGGCUAUGGGGGCGGCAUGAGCUGCGGCUUUGGUGGAGGGGCUGGUAGUGGUUUUGGGGGUGGCUAUGGAGGCGGCCUGGGAGGUGGCUUUGGAGGCGGCCUGGGAGGUGGCUUUGGAGGUGGCCUGGGAGGAGGUUUCGGUGGUGGCCUGGGAGGAGGUUUCGGUGGUGGCAUGGGUGCUGGCCUCGGGGGUGGUGAUGGCGGCCUCCUGUCGGGCAACGAGAAGGUGACCAUGCAGAACCUCAACGACCGCCUGGCCUCCUACCUGGACAAGGUGCGCGCCCUGGAGGAGGCCAACACCGAGCUGGAGGUGAAGAUCCGCGACUGGUACCAGAAGCAGAGCCCGUCCAGCCCGGAGCGCGACUACAGCCACUACUACAAGACCAUCGAGGAGCUCCGGGACAAGAUCCUGGCGGCCACCAUUGACAACUCUCGGGUCAUCCUGGAGAUCGACAACGCCAGGCUGGCUGCGGACGACUUCAGGCUCAAGUAUGAGAACGAGCUGGCCCUGCGCCAGAGCGUGGAGGCCGACACCAACGGCCUGCGCCGGGUGCUGGAUGAGCUGACCCUGGCCAGGGCCGACCUGGAGAUGCAGAUCGAGAGCCUGAACGAGGAGCUGGCCUACCUGAAGAAGAACCACGAGGAGGAGAUGAAGGAGUUCAGCAGCCAGGUGGCGGGCCAGGUCAACGUGGAGAUGGACGCCGCUCCGGGCGUGGACCUGACCCGCGUGCUGUCGGAGAUGAGGGAGCAGUACGAGGCCAUGGCGGAGAAGAACCGGCGGGAUGCUGAGGCCUGGUUCUUCAGCAAGACGGAGGAGCUGAACAAGGAGGUGGCCUCCAACACAGAGAUGAUCCAGACCAGCAAGUCGGAAGUCACCGAGCUGAGACGCACGAUGCAGGGGCUGGAGAUUGAGCUGCAGUCCCAGCUCAGCAUGAAAGCCGGCCUGGAGAGCUCGCUGGCGGAGACCGAGUGUCGCUACGCCACGCAGCUGCAGCAGAUCCAGGGGCUGAUCGGCAGCAUCGAGGCCCAGCUGGGCGAGCUGCGCAGCGAGAUGGAGUGUCAGAACCAGGAGUACAAGAUGCUGCUGGACAUCAAGACCAGGCUGGAGCAGGAGAUCGCCACCUACCGCAGCCUGCUGGAGGGCCAGGACUCCAGGAUGGCUGGCAUUGGCGCCCGAGAAGCCUCCCUGGGAGGUGGCGGUGGCAAAGUCCGCAUCAACGUGGAGGAGUCAGUGGAUGGGAAGGUGGUUUCUUCCCGCAAGAGAGAGGUCUGAGCGCCCAGCAGGCAGCUCCCUCCACCCCUCGCCAGGGUGGCGAGGCCUGGCCGGAGGGCUGGAACGCAAGCUGCAAUCCCUGCCUUCAGCGGGUGCAGCGCAAGGGGCCCCUCAGCUAGUUGGUGCUUUGCAUGGUCUCCCUAACUCCUCCAGCUCUCCCUCCCUCUUCCCUUCUCCCCGCCAGCCCUCCUACCUGCCUCCCGGGUUUUCCCUCCUGCCCCUACCCCAACUCGCCUCCUUCUCCCCGCCAGGUCUCCCUAUCUCUGAGCAGGGAGGGGCAAGAAGCAGUUGUGUUGUGUGAUAAGCUCACUUGUGCCGUUGUAUCGAUGCAAUAAAGAAUGGCUUUACUUUGGCAAAUA